CUCACCUGCCCGCUGGUCGUGGUGCCAAGGACCUGAGCCUAGUCUUGAGGCCUGGACUCUGCAAGGACCCGGUGGGCUCCUGACUCUGGGACGGCACAGUUGGGAAUGACCCCUGUUCUCUCCACUUUCUGUCUGCGAUGUGCUUGGAGCAUCGGACGAGGCAUUGGCUGAACAAAUGCUCCUUCUGGCUCUGGUGGGGAGGCCACGCCUGGACAGGUGGGAGAGGACCAGGCCGGGCUGCCCAGUGGACUGAGGCCUGGCUGACGAGGGCAAGGAACCGGGACACGGCCUUCGUUGGCCCUUUUCCCGGCUUGACCGCCGGAGCUCUGGCUGGAUCGCAGCCCCCAUCCCCGUGGCCGAUGCCUUUGUGCAAUUCACAAAUUACACCACAUGCAGCAGGGCCUUGGAGGCCCCUCCAUCGUCCUUGUGCUGACGUCUGGGGCAUCAUGGGAGGCUGUGGCUGACCCUGUUGCUAUGCUUCUGUCUGCAGGCUCCAGGACCCCGCGGAGCAUCAUGAACUGGGAAGCGUAGACAAGCUCACACGUGUCUCGGUGAAGAGAGAGGAACCGCCAACAGCCCUUCCUCCCUGUGCCUGACCACAUCACCCAGCACUUUUUCCUGCCCCUGUUCAGCUCCCACGGCUCCCGGACCAGGGGGCUCCCAGCAGGACCUUCCCCUAGGGGAUGGGCAACUGGUAAAGUUAGGUCUCAUUCCCCCCAGGCCGGCCCAGUCGGCCACACCAUGAACCUCCAGGCCCAGCCCAGGGGUCAGAACAAGCGGAAGCGUUGCCUCUUUGUGGACCAGGAAGCAGCUGCCAAGGAGCAGCCCCCACCCCUGCAGGCCCCACCACAGCCCCCGGCCCCUCCACAGUCCACCCGAGUGAAGGAGGAGCCUUACUUCGGGCACGAGGGUCCCACAGGGGCUGCCCCUUGGCAGCAGCAGCCGGGCCAGCCUCCGCCCCACUCCACGUGGAACUGCCACAGCCUGCCCGUCUACAGUGGACCCAAAGGGAGCCCCCAUCCCGGCAUGGUCGCCGCCUAUUAUAACCACCCGGAGGCACUGAAGCGGGAGAAAGGAGGGGGCCCACAGCUGGACCGCUACGGAAACAGCGUGCGGCCCAUGAUGCCACAGAAGGUACAGCAGGAGGUGGGGCGGCCCCAAGCGCCCUUGAACUCGUUCCAUGUGGCCAAAAAGCCCCCAAACCAAACGCUGCCCCUGCAACCUUUCCAGCUGGCGUUCGGCCACCAGGUGAACCGGCAGGUCUUCCGGCAGGGCCCACCGCCCCCCAACCCCGUCGCUGCCUACCCGCUCCAGAAGCAGCAGCAGCAGCAGCAGCAGGCGGCCCUGCCCCAGAUGCAGCUCUUUGAGAACUUCUACCCCAUGCAGCAGCCGCCCUCUCAGCAGCCCCAGGACUUUGGCCUGCAGCCGGCCGGGCCACUGGGGCAGUCCCACCUGACUCACCACGGCAUGGUGCCCUACCCCUUCUCCCACAACCCUGAUAUGAACCCCGAACUGCGCAAGGCCCUCCUGCAGGAGUCGGCCCCGCAGCCCGUGCUACCUCAGGCCCAGAUCGCCUUCCCCCGCCGCUCCCGACGCCUCUCCAAGGAGGGCGUCCUGCCUUCCACCGCCCUGGAUGGGGCUGGUACCCAGCCUGGGCAGGAGCCUGCCACCAACCUGUUUCUACAUCACUGGCCCCCGCAGCAGCCGCCCCCAGGCCCCCUGGGACAGCCUCAUCCGGAAGCUCUGGGAUUCCCGCUGGAGCUGAGGGAGUCGCAGUUGCUGUCUGACGGGGAGAGACUGGCACCCAAUGGUCGGGAGCGAGAGGCUCCCAUCAUGGGCGGCGAGGAGGGCAUGCGGGCAGUGGGCGCCGGGGACUGUGGGCAGGUGCUACGGGGUGGGGUGAUCCAGAGCACGAGAAGGAGGCGCCGGGCGUCCCAGGAGGCCAAUUUGCUGACCCUGGCCCAGAAGGCAGUGGAGCUGGCCUCACUGCAGAACACAAAGGAUGCCAAUGGCUCUGAGGAGAAGCGGAAAAGUGUGUUGGCUUCAACUGCCAAGUGUGGGGUGGAGUUUUCUGAGCCUUCUUCCGUAGCUGCCAAGCGAGCGCGGGAGGACAGUGGGAUGCUGCCCCUCAUCAUCCCAGUGUCUGUGCCUGUGCGGACUGUGGACCUGUCUGAGGCGGCCCAAGCUGGAGGUGUUGACGAGGAUGGGAAGGGUCCUGAACACAACCCUACCGAACACAAGCCGUCGGUCAUCGUCACCCGCAGGCGGUCGACCCGUGUCCCCGGGACUGAUGCCCCGACUCAGGCUGAAGACAUGAAUGUCAAGUUGGAGGGGGAACCUUCGGUGCGGAAACCAAAGCAGCGGCCGAGGCCUGAGCCCCUGAUCAUCCCCACCAAGGCAGGCACUUUCAUCGCCCCUCCGGUGUACUCCAACAUCACCCCAUACCAGAGCCACCUGCGCUCUCCUGUCCGCCUGGCUGACCACCCUGCUGAGCGGAGCUUUGAGCUGCCCCCCUACACACCACCUCCCAUCCUCAGCCCCGUGCGGGAAGGCUCCGGCCUCUAUUUCAAUGCCAUCAUGUCAACGAGCAGCAUCCCAGCCCCUCCUCCCAUCACGCCAAAGAGUGCCCACCGCACCCUGCUCCGGUCGAAUAGUGCCGAAGUCACCCCACCUGUCCUCUCUGUGAUGGGGGAAGCCACCCCAGUGAGCAUCGAGCCGGAGACCCACAAGGCCGACUUGGUGUGGCAGCCAUGGGAGGACCUAGAGAGCAGCCGGGAGAAGCAGAGGCAAGUGGAAGACCUGCUGACAGCUGCCUGCUCCAGCAUCUUCCCCGGAGCUGGCACCAACCAGGAGCUGGCCCUGCACUGCCUGCACGAGUCCAGGGGAGACAUCCUGGAAACGCUGAAUAAGCUGCUACUGAAGAAGCCGCUGAGGCCCCACAACCACCCACUGGCAACUUAUCACUACACAGGCUCUGACCAGUGGAAGAUGUCUGAGAGGAAGCUGUUCAACAAGGGCAUUGCCAUCUACAAGAAGGAUUUCUUCCUGGUGCAGAAGCUGAUCCAGACCAAGACUGUGGCCCAGUGUGUGGAGUUCUACUACACCUACAAGAAGCAGGUGAAAAUUGGCCGCAAUGGGACGCUCACCUUCGGGGAUGUGGAUACGAGUGACGAUAAGUCAGUCCAGGAAGAGGUUGAAGUGGAUAUUAAGACUUCCCAGAAGUUCCCCAGGGUGCCUGCUCCCAGAAGAGAGUCCCCAAGUGAAGAGAGGCUGGAGCCCAAGAGGGAAGUAAAGGAGACAAGGAAGGAGGGGGAGGAGGAGGUGCCAGAGAUCCAAGAGAAGGGGGAGCAGGAAGAGGGGCGAGAGAGAAGCCGGCGGGCAGCGGCUGUCAAAGCCACACAGACACUACAGGCCAAUGAGUCGGCCAAUGACAUCCUCAUCCUCCGAAGCCAUGAGCCCAACGCCCCUGGGUCUGCUGGUGGCCAGGCCUCAGAGAAGCCAAGGGAGGGGCCGGGGAAGCCACGGAGGGCACUGCCUUUUGCAGAGAAGAAGAAGAAAACAGAGACAUUUAAUAAGACCCAGAAUCAGGAGAACACUUUCCCUUGUAAAAAAUGUGGCAGGUAAGAUGUGUCUCCAUGGG